GCAUUUCUCAUAUGUAACAAAGUGCGAUCUCAUAAUAACGGCUGCCCUGCAAUCCAGACCACAUUAGGGGGCGCUUCUGAGCACUCCUUUACCCUGGCUGGGGACCAUCUCACAGCUCAGAUCUUAGAAGUGUAGCGCCAAGGCAGUCAUGCUUGCUGCAAAAUGAUACUUUUGUCAGCUGUCGGUGCAUCGUUCUUGUGCUAGUGCCGCUCACCGGGUUUUUCACACCUAGCGAUGCAGAGGGGAGGAGGCAGAAGCUUUGGAAACCGUGGAGGCGGGUUUGGCAACAGAGGGGGUGGGUUUGGAGGGAGAGGUGGAGACCGUGGGCGUGGUGGUGGUGGACGUUUCGGGGGAGGAGGCAGGGGAGGAGGACGAGGAGGCUGGCAGGAUUAUGGGCCUCCUGAAGAGGUUGUAGAGGCAGGAGUCUUUUUGCACCCAUGUGAAGGCGAAGCAGUCUGCAAGCUGACAAAUGAGAAGGUGCCAUACUUCAAUGCACCGAUGUACCUCCAGAACAAGACACAGAUUGGCAAGGUGGAGGAGAUCUUUGGAUGCAUCAGCGACGGGCAUUUCACAAUCAAGAUGCAGGAGGGUGUGGUGGCGACUUCAUACUCGUCUGGGGACAAGUUCUACAUCGACCCCAUGAAGCUGCUGCCAAUGGACCGCUUCCUGCCCCAACCGAAGGGCGCUGGAGGCAGCCGAGGUGGCGGCAGAGGAGUGCGCGGCGGUGGCGUGCAGCGUGGCGGCCGCGGGGGCGGCUUCCGCGGAGGUGGCGGCCGCGGCGGUGGCGGUUUCAGGGGCGGCGGCGGCGGCGGCCGCGGCCGGGGCCGCUACUGA